AUGUUGCGUUCUCCCGUUCUCCCAACGCGUCGUAAGACAGUAAAGACAUAUGGAAAGAAUUCUCGCUCCAAGGCGGCUUCGUUCAAAGUUUUUCAAGAUGCCGUUGAUAGGGAUGACACCGAGAAAAAAAGCCGGCCAGCCAUCGCUUCUUCCCCUCCUAUCGUUGGACAGCAAAUUUCUGGCUCUAUAUCUGGUAUAAACCUAACGGACGAUCUUGAUGACCCAUUUGCAGACCCUCUAUCUUUGCCUUUAACCAAAUCAAAAAUCCCAGACCCCAUUGCAACUUCCAACCACAGUGAUAAAAGAAGGGCUCUAAAAGCUACAGCUUUAAGAGAGAAAUCGACAAACCGCCCUAUUCUGAUAAGAUCAGCUGCACAAAUUAGAGAGACAUCUGAAACUUCCACUACAUCUCUUCUUCGCCAAAACAUAAAGAAUCAUCGAGCGAAGAAACAAAAAUUCAACAAUACUCCAAGGGUUAUAUCUGACGCAAAAACACCACUACGCCCCCAAAAACACAGAUAUCUAAAACCAGAAUACGAGCAACGAGAUUUUCUGGAAGAUCAAUCUCCAACCAAGAUAAGAGGAUAUAUUUCACAAGAAACCGAAUCAGAUAGAAUACAUAGCGAGGGGCCCGUGAUACCAGGAACUCUAGCUAGUGAUAUGGAUGAUAAUGCUAGUACUACAUCUGUGACAUGGGUCCGUGAGAGAGCAAGGGACAUUUUUAGUGGAACAAGGAAGGCGGCUGGAAGGGUUAUGGGAGUUGCACCAUCGAACGCUAAACGUAGAGAUCAAAAGGAGGAACUUCCUAAGCUGAAGGGCAUUAUCAAAAAUGGAGCUACCAAGGGUUCUUAUGGGGCCAUAAACAAUCAUCUGCAAGUGACGCAGAAGGAGAAUAUAGACUUUCGAGGAGGCCAUGCUAAUGACAUUUUCAGCAAAAAUAAGGGUAGCGUUAGUCUACAUGAGUAUUCACGGGAACCCCUUUCUCAUCCAGAAGAUUGCCAAAACAAGGAUUUUGGAGACGAAGACCCCCUGGGUCUUCACAGAACGACUAAUUCUAGCCGCCAAAAGAACUUUUGGAGAUCGGAGAAUAUCCAGGAUUUAUUGAUGUUAGGAUCGGCGAAAAUUCAAUACACUAAGAAACAGAAAGAUUGCAGUUCCAAAUACGCUACAGGAAAUGAGGAUCCCAAUUCUUUCCAGAAUUCUGUCAAUAUCAGUCCGCAGGGAAGCAUAUAUGACCUAUCAGAUAAUGGAAUGCCUUCAUCAAGUCCAUUGUUUAAAUCGACCCCAAAUAAGGAACAGUGCAAUUUAAGAUCUAACAAAAACCCAUUCUACUCCGAUGCCGACUCUUGCAAGGAUAUGUAUAUGGAUGGAUCAUUGAAUGAAAGAUCAUCUGAUGAGGGCAAUGAAACCACAAAAUGUGACGAAGACGAAUUUCUCGGCGAAAAUAUACAUUAUAAAGAGAAAGUGAAGAGGAAUGCAAGGUCUACGGAAAGCCAGCACCUGAUCCUGCGGGCUGCAUCAUCAGAGGACGAACUUUAUCAAGCUCCGUAUGGUUGUCAAGCUCUGAAUGACACAGGAACUUUUAGGAAGAGCGUUACAGGGAACGGGGAAGGUCAGGUGCGGAGGGGCGUUGAGAGUUAUAAAAAGAAAAACGUAAAGGCUUUGGAUACCGCACCUACUAGCAGAGCAAUUGGCGAUGCCCCCCCAAAGGAGUUCAAUCAGCAGCAACAACACGGCAAAGAUAUCAUUCAUGUCGGUGGCUCAAGAACAAGCAGAUAUGUACCAGUCAAAGGAACAGUUGAGGGGGCCGGGAAAAAAACCGACAAAAGUAACCGGGCAAGAAUCCCCUUGAAGAAAAAACCAAGCGGAAGAAUUGGCAAGGGUGGAGUAGGUAAAGAGGCUAGAAAACGAAAGUCUUCUCGGGGUUAUGAAAAACUAGAGGAUGAUGAUAUGGAUGAGUUGCAGAUGGAUUUACCAUCGAUGAUGAUUUGA